AUGAAAGAUUUGGGGGAGCUCAGAUUCUUUUUGGGCAUAGAAUUUGCUCGCAGCAAGGCUGGCAUUCUGAUGAACCAGAGGAAAUAUGCACUUGACUUGAUAGCUGAUUCUCGGCUAGGGGGAGCUAAGCCAGCAUCCACUCCAUUAAAGGAUGCCACAAGUGCAGGAGUGAAGGACAAUGUGUUACCUGAUCCUGAACCUUAUCAAAGGUUAGUGGGCAGGUUGCUAUACUUAACUAUGACAAGGCCUGAUAUAGCCUAUGUUGUUCAGGCUCUCAGUCAAUUCAUGCAUAAACCUAAGAGAUCGCAUAUGGAUGUAGCAUUGAGGGUGAUCAGGAAAUCAGGCACAGGGUAUCUAAUCAAAUUUGGCAAUUCCUUGAUAUCACAGAAGUCUAAGAAACAAAACACAGUCUCCAGAAGUUCAGCAGAAGCAGAGUUCAGAAGUAUGGCCUCCACAAUGGCAGAAGUGUCAUGUAAAACAGCCAUUCAUAUAGCUGCAAAUCCCAUUUUUCAUGAGCGGACAAAACACAUUGACAUUGAUUGUCAUUUUGUGCGAGAAAAGCUGCAACAGGGCCUCUUAACACCAAAUUGCAAUUAG